GCUGUUACUGUCUUUGUUUAAACUAUAAACUAUAUGUAUAGGUUUCUCCCAAAGUUAGUUCAGCCUUUUCCAAGGAAUGAAUAAGGCCAGCUUGGAGGCUAGAAGCAAGAUGGAGUCAGCUAAGUUGAUCUCUUUCACUGUCUUAGUCAUAAUUUUGCAAAGGGGGUUUCAAGCUGAGAUGGCACCACUGCAUUCCAGCCUGGGCAACACAGCAAGACUCUGUCUCAAAAAAAUAAAAAUAAAUUCGUAAUAAUCUUUGAAGCAAGUACUACUAUCAAAUAUUAGCUCUAUCUCACAGAGGAGGAAACAGGUUUAGAAAGUCUGAGCCACUCGCCCAUGUCCACCCUUGAUGGAGACACUUGGAAACGUGGGGGGAACAUUCUAGUUUGCCAUGGAGCUGAAAUAAUGUGGGCUUUAAAGACCCUCCAUGCCCCAGUUUGUGGUUAACCCCUGUAUCCCUGCUCCAGGGAGUGGCCUCCACCUCUCCAUUUUGAAGGAGAAUAAUGUCCGUGGCCACCAAGGUCAGAAGCCAAAGGGCAGAAUUUUUCUCUGAUGCCCAGGAGCCUUGGCAGGAAGAGUGCUUGGAGAGUUGAGAGUCAGAGUCUGGGGAAGUUGGGUAGUCAGGAGCUUCUAGAAUGGUAGGAACAGUGCCAGGUUGCUAAGGUUCUUGGCCUUGCUCUGCUUCCAAUAGGCUAUGUGAUCUUAAGCAAGUCCCUUCUUUUCUCUGGGCCUCCAUUUCCCUCAAAAUGAGAGGAUUCUUCUAGAAGGUCUGAUCAUCUCUUCCCUUUUCCCCACCUCCACUUAUCUCUCCUACACAAACUUCUCCCCACUGUCCCACCUACCCUGGCUCUGACAUUCCAGAAGCCUUGAACUGUUUGAAAGUCCCAGGUAGGAUUUGUUGCCCAUCCCUGAGGUUCCUUCUGAGCUCUGGACCCUGGCUUUAGGUCCUGGUAGAAUAUGUCACCUUGACAGGUUGGAGAGAUCAGUGGGGAGGAAGAUUCAGUGCCUCUGAGACAGACCUCAGGAAGGCCUGCAUUGUGAUGACCUCAUCCACUCUGUGACAUCAUCCUCACUCCCACCCUCUCUUCUCCUGGUCAACCACUCUGCAAACAACCAUCAAUCUGAAUCCCAAAGGCCUGAGAAAGUCUGUUCUCCAGUACCUGCUGCUGAUCUGUUUCAGCCAACCAGAAACAACAUGAAAUUGGAAUUCACCGAGAAAAACUACAACAGCUUCGUGCUGCAGAACCUGAAUAGACAGAGGAAACGCAAAGAGUACUGGGACAUGGCCCUGAGCGUGGACCACCACGUCUUCUUCGCACAUCGCAAUGUGCUGGCUGCUGUCUCCCCGCUGGUAAGGAGCCUCAUCUCCAGCAAUGACAUGAAGACCACCGAUGAGCUCUUCAUCACCAUUGACUCCAGUUACCUGAGCCCGGUCACAGUGGACCAGCUCCUGGACUACUUCUAUAGUGGCAAGGUGGUGAUCUCUGAGCAAAACGUGGAGGAGCUACUUCGUGGGGCUCAGUAUUUCAACACACCACGCCUUCGAAUUCACUGUAAUGACUUCCUUAUCAAGUCCAUCUGCCGUGCCAACUGCUUGCGCUACCUCUUCUUGGCCGAGCUAUUUGAGCUCAAAGAGGUAUCAGACUUAGCUUACUCUGGCAUUCGCGACAACUUCCACUACUGGGCCAGUCCUGAGGGCUCCAUGCACUUCAUGCGCUGUCCCCCUGUUAUCUUUGGCCGCCUGCUCCGUGAUGAAAACCUUCACGUGCUCAAUGAGGACCAGGCUCUCAGCGCACUCAUCAAUUGGGUAUAUUUCCGGAAGGAGGAACGGGAGAAGUAUUUCAAGAAGUUCUUCAAUUACAUCAGUCUCAAUGCUGUCUCCAACAAGACACUGGUGUUUGCCAGCAACAAGCUGAUGGGCAUGGAGAACACCUCAUCCCAUGCAACACUGAUUGAGAGUGUCCUAAUGGACCGCAAGCAGGAGCGGCCAUGCAGCCUGCUGGUCUACCAGCGGAAAGGGGCCCUGCUCGAUUCAGUGGUCAUCCUUGGUGGCCAGAAGGCCCAUGGCCAGUUCAACGAUGGAGUGUUUGCCUAUAUCAUCCAGGAGAACCUGUGGAUAAAGCUCUCCGACAUGCCUUAUCGGGCAGCAGCACUUAGUGCCACCUCUGCUGGUCGCUACAUCUACAUCUCUGGUGGCACCACUGAGCAGAUUUCAGGGCUGAAGACGGCCUGGCGGUAUGACAUGGAUGACAACUCCUGGACCAAGUUGCCCGACCUGCCCAUCGGGCUUGUGUUCCACACCAUGGUGACCUGCGGGGGGACGGUGUACUCAGUGGGCGGGAGCAUUGCCCCAAGGCGGUAUGUAUCCAACAUUUAUCGCUAUGAUGAGCGGAAGGAAGUCUGGUGCCUGGCAGGGAAGAUGAGCAUCCCCAUGGAUGGCACCGCCGUGAUCACGAAAGGCGACCGGCAUCUGUACAUUGUCACUGGACGGUGCUUGGUGAAAGGUUAUAUCUCCCGGGUCGGGGUAGUGGACUGCUUUGACACCAACACCGGGGAUGUGGUCCAGUGUAUCACUUUCCCCAUUGAGUUCAACCACCGACCCCUGCUCUCUUUCCAACAAGACAACAUCCUCUGCGUGCACAGCCACCGGCAGAGCGUGGAAAUCAAUUUGCAGAAGGUAAAGGCCAGCAAGACAACCACCUCAGUGCCUCUCUUGCCCAACAACUGCCCCUUGGAUGUGUCCCAUGCUAUAUGCUCCAUUGGAGACAACAAGGUGUUUGUAUGUGGGGGUGUCACCACCGCCAGCGAUGUCCAGACAAAGGACUACACCAUCAAUCCAAAUGCCUUCUGGCUGGACCAAAAGACAGGCGAGUGGAAGACCCUGGCUCCCCCACCAGAGGCACUGGACUGUCCUGCCUGCUGUCUAGCCAAGCUACCUUGCAAAAUUCUUCAAAGAAUUUAAACAACAUUUUAAGUGGGAGAAUAAGUAAAUGCAUUAUUAUUCACAAUUUAAUGAGAAAGAGAGGAA